AUGAAUCGAGAACAAUCACCUUCGGAAGGUUUUUCAUCAUCAAGCCUAAACACAUCAUCGGAAUCGGAACAACAUAAUGAAGUAACUGGAUCAUCCAAUCAACAACACGAACCAUUAGAACAAUUACCUUUGAUGAGUGCUGCUCCUUCUAAUGUGUUUAACUAUUACAGGAGCAUUGAAAAAUGUCGGAGAGAUGCCAUUGAAAUUUUGACGGAGAGCAAAGUCAAUUUCCUGCUCAAAGAAAUUACAAACACAAAUAGACGAGUACACAUUCGAAAAGGCCUCGAUUUUAGGUUUUGCACUACAGAUCCAGAGCAUCCAUCAGCAUUGCGUGAAAUCCCAAUUGGUGGAUAUUUUAAUCCAAUCCAAGAAAAUAUCACUAUUUGUUGUGAUCGAAUGGCAAAUCCAGGAGCACUAAAAGAAACAAUGAGUCAUGAAAUGCUUCAUGUGUAUGACAUGGCUCGAUUUGGAGACUUGAGUGAUUGCAAUUUGAGAGCUUGUGCUGAAAUUAGAGCCUAUAAUUUAACAGGAACAUGUGACAAUGCUCACAAACAAUCUCAAUACAAUUAUUCUCGAGAAGAAUGUGCUCGUAUUCAUGCUCUUUUGAGCACAGCUCCUAUGUGUGGCCCUAUUCAAGCUGAACAUUCAACAAAGACUGUGUUACCACAUUGCUUCAACGAUCAUACUCCAUUCGAUCCAAAAUCGCAACCAGUGAACAUUGAGAAAAUUUCAAGUAAGGGAGUGUUUAAACGAACUUCAAGAUAUGAUUUUUGA